ACCGCUUCCAACAUUCAAUUUACAACAUUUGUGCACUUCUUUCUUGUCUUUUGUGUGUGUGUCCCUUUUCGCCGUGCGAGAAUGAGAGUCCACGCCCGAGCCGCCGCCUCUGCAAGAAAGGCACAGAAUCCAAAAAGGAACAGAUGGUUGAGACGCCGCAUGAGUGCGGCGCCUACCCCGCUUGGCGCUUUAGUCGGCGCAUUACUAAUGGCCGCGCCCCUGACCCUUUGGUAUUGUCGUCUCGGGUACCUCGCACUUUGUCAUUAGUGGCCCCAUCUUGCCCACGCAGGACUGGACGCCUCGCCUCUGAAAAGCAAAGGCAAAAGCGAGCUGCACAAAGCACCCAUGAAGAAAAGUAGUGGG